GUGUGGGGGGUGGACCAUCCAGAAAUCUGAGAAAAUAUUUGGUUACUCGUAAUCUCCGGCCCAGUUUUGACCAAACGAGCGACGAGCGUGUUAUGACUGGAGCGCGUGAGCGGCCGAGCAACCGAGCGAGUCGGCGAGGGAAGAUGCUCCUUGCGCCCUCCACCCCGAAAUCGCGGCUGGCCCGGCUCGGCCCUCCACCCCCAACUCGCCGGCAGCAGCUCCUCUCCGUCUCUCCCAGCCGAUGGCCUCCUCUCCUCUAAUCUCGCCAGAUACGGCGCUCGGCCCUCCCCUGUCUCGGCCCUCGGCCUCCAACUCGCCGGCAGCAGCUCCUCUCCGUCUCCCCCGGCCGCUGGCCUCCUCUGCUCUAAUCUCGUCAGAUACGACGCUCGGCCGGCCACCAGUCGCCGCCGCAGGCCAGCAACACUCCGCUCAUCACUGUCAUCUUAUCUUGCAAAUUGUUGUGAGAGUGAAACUAGUCAGUGUUAGUGGAAAUGGCAAGUACAGCAUGCUUCGUGAUUGUAAGUAAGAAUGACAUCCCAAUCUACGAGGCGGAAGUUGGAUCCACACCCAGAAAAGAAGAGCUAGCUUAUCACCAUCAGUUCAUCCUACAUGCUGCGCUGUAUGUUGUUCAGGACCUAGCAUGCACCACAAAUGCAAUGUUCCUGAGAUCAGUUGAUAGAUAUAAUGACCUUGUGGUCUCUGUUUAUGUAACUGCCGGUCAUACUAGAUUCAUGUUGCUUCACGAUUCAUGUAGCGAGGGUGGAAUAAAAGGCUUUUUUCAAGAGGUUCAUGAACUUUACAUAAAGAUAUUCCUCAACCCCCUCUACUUGCCUGGCUCUCGCAUCGCGUCCUCUCAUUUCGAUACCAAGGUCAGGGCUCUUGCAAGGAAGUAUCUGUAGCGUGCUCUGCUCGGUCAUGGAGCUUCACCAUCAUGCUGCAGAAUCAGGACGGCAAAAACACCCCACUUGGGUUCAGCCUGUUUCGUUUCCUGUCUGUCACACAUAUGCUAUGCAGGUGGCAUAAGUUAGAGCAUACCCAUUUUUCGCUCGCUUGGACUACUAUGUCUGCCUGUAAUGCCUGUAAUGCCACUGGAUCAUGUGUUGGGAGAUUUUACUCCUAGCUGUGUGUCCGAAAGUGGAGAUAUUCGACUUAAAUGGACCGUGCUGUCCUGUACUAGAACUGCAAAUCUGUGCAAUCUCCGUAUUGAUAGCAUGAAAGCAUCCUACAUGGCAGAAAA